AUGGCAAGGCACUGGGAAGACACAUUCUGGGCCGCCUUCCGCGUGUUCCUCUCCUUCGGGCCAAUAUGGCUCGCCCUCUUCCUGACCCUGACCAUCUACGCCAAUGAGUACAAAUUCUGCUGGUCAUUCCUUAUGGCGCCCCAGGACACUGGUAUUGGGUUCAUCGAUCCCCCCGACCCGUCAAACUGGUACAUUGGGCUCUCUCUGAUCAUCGUUUCGGCAAUUCUCAAGGUGAAUUGGGUCAUUCCCUGGUUACAGAUCGUUGUCACCAGCUGGGUUUGCGAUCGUCACUGGAAGCCUCCCAACAACUCUUCCAAGAGAAUCAUGCAAGCGGGCUCCAACUUCUGGGACUUGUCCAUGCCUAGUGGUCGCCUCCCCUAUCGACAAGGUCUACGACCUAGAACGUGUCCUUAUGGAUGCUUAUUUGAACCGUCGGAUAGGGCGUACCACUGCAGCAUGAUGAACCGAUGCCUACCCGUCUACGACCACUAUUGCAAGUACCUCCAAGCAACGGUCUACCUUCGAACGAUGAAGCCAUACUUCUUCGUACUGCUCUUCUUGCCUUUGGACGCCGUGUACAGUUUCGCUGUAUCACUCGCCGCGUUAUGUCAUCCUUCCACAAGAUGGGCAGCUCCAUUCGUCGGUUCGAUUGUACUCUGUUCGAUAGCGGUCUUCCUAGAAGUUGAAGCCAAUUCCUUCGCCAACUUCAAUCGGAUAGUUCGGUACAAUGUUCUGGCACCGGAAAGAACUGGGCGUCGAUGGGUCAUCGCCUACAAGUACGAGGACCAAUCUGGGUGGUGCCUUCAGCUACGCAGGUACGACAGGAACCCCUGGGAUCUCGGCUCAAGAGAGAACUUCCUCCAAAUCUUCGGGCAACGCUGGUGGAAGUGGCCUUUCUUCUGGUGGACCUCAGAACAAGUAUCCCGCUAUGGCAACUACGUCGAUGAAGAUCUCCCAUUCGCACCUUUCAUCGUCAGGGAGUUUUCGGAUCUGAUGGCAUCUGAAUUGAUCCGGGUUAUCAUUGAUGAGGAAGCUCCUUCUUCAAUCCACUUAGAGGAGCUGAAUCGCCGUAAACAAACUCGAUCAAAUGCCGAACGUCGCAGUCAAGCUCAAUCGGACAAUGCUUCUGUAGUCCAUGUGGAAGCAUUCGCUCGACAUCAACGCGACGCUCGUCGGCGGACCGAACAUUCAGAUAGCCACGAUCAAAAUCUGUAA